CGCAAAAUGGUUUCUAGAUUUUUCUAGAGAGACUGAGAAUCCUUCCCUCUUCGCGAGUUCUCCCUUUGCUCUGCGUUUUUAAACUUCGCAGUUCGUCGUCCUUUCUGUGAAGCGAUCUUGUCGCAGAAACCCUAGAUUUUGCUGUGUCUCUCUUACUCUGUGUUAGAUCGAGUGUUUCGCGGGAAUUUCGCUCGGUUGUUUGUGCAGAAACAUGGCGGGAGAUGAGUGCUUGCGCAUGAAGAUGAAGAGGAGAGACAUUGACAGAGUCAACGACGACUUCUCCGAUUUCUCUCUCUCUUCUCCGGCCAGGAAGAUGCGUCGCCUGGACGUGGAUUUUCCGCCGAUUAUGAAGAAGGAUGAAGCCGAGAUGGCGACGGCGAAGCCUAUGGCCGAAGAAUCGAAGCUGGAACCUGUGAAUGAAGAGAGAGCUAUUGUUGUUUUCAAGCCUUUACAAGCACAGCAGUCUUAUUGUAGGAAUCUCUAUGUUGAUACUGGUUUGAUUUCUGGGUUUAAGAAUAAACUCUCCCGAGCAGGCUACCAUGGGGAUGCAGGACUAGCUGACGAUGACUACGACGAAAACCAAACAUCCAACAAGUGCCGAGCAGUAGUUCCUUGGAGCCCUUCUCAGUUCCCUGCUGCUCAAUCCGAAGUACCCUUCCAAGAACCAUACAUUCUGGAGAUUAUUCAGUUGGACGAGGACGAGGACACGAUGAUGGAAGAAGCAACGAUGGAGAUCGAAGAGGACAGUAACUGUAGCAUGUCUCUUCCUCAAGAGACGGAGUUUAUCCAUGGCUUCCGAACGAUAAAGGGAAUCGAGGGCUUGCAUCAUUGGCAGCAACAACCACACUGUCUGAUUCCACAGCCUCCUCAAUCCAAUUCCACUCCCAUUUCAUGGUCCUUAUAACCAAGUACGUUCUUCUUUUUGCUUCGUUCCUCGCGGUGCUGUGAUUCCACGCCACGACUGAAACACGGGUUCAAACAUGUGGAGGUCUAGAAUCGUAUCCCGUUGUUCUGCCGUGAUAUUUUCUUUUUCCGGUUAAUGGGGAAGACGGGUAUUUUAGAACGUUGAAGCAGUCUAAGUUGUAGAUUUGGUAAUGGCGUAGUUUUCUGUAUGACGUAUAUAUAUACUCGUUUGUCACAAGCAAAUGCGUCAAUAUAUGAUCUUCUGUCUAAAUGGAAUCUUGGUCUUAAAUGGCGCUUCUGAGCGAUGAUCUUCUUUCCAAAUGGAGUCUUUGUCACAAGCAAAAGCUUCAAUGUAUGAUCUUCUGUCCAUUAUGGAAUCGUUCAUGUGUUACGUCGUC